AUGGGGAAGGUCAUCUAUUUAUCUAUGACUCGACCUGACAUUGCUUAUACCGUGAGUGUUGUGAGUCAAUUCAUGCACUUUCCUCGUGCUCCUCACCUUGAUGCAGCUAUUUGGAUCCUUCAUUACUUAAAAGGGUGUCCAGGCCGUAGUAUUUUGUUUGCCAAUCAUGUUCACUUACAUGUUGAGGCUUGGAUAGAUACUGAUUAUACAGGAUCAAUUUCAGAUAAGAGGUCUACUUUAGGUUAUUGUACCACUAUUGGUGGUAACUUGGUUACUUGGAGCAGUAAGAAGCAGGAUAUUGUCUCUUGA